GAAUAUCAAUGCCAUCCAAUGUGAACGAGCAAGGAAGCAAGAACUAGCGCGUUUCACAAUCUUAUCUGCGCGGGGAACGCGGCUCUCUGGUUUAAAACUUGCUUCUAUCCGGGGCAAACGCCGCCACAAACUAGCGGCAAUGUCAACGUACUCUCGCUUGUGGCCAUUGUACGGCGUUGCGUGGCUACAAUGGGUGGAACAUCGACUUUCUAUCACAGCGAUCCUAGACUCGCAACGGCGGCCCCGCUAAACACAUGGCUCGCGCUUCUCGGAAUACUUACCACCCUCGUACUCUCCAUUUCGGUUAAACCCUGCAAGUUUCGGUUUCUGUUCGUGCUACCUGUGCUUCUCCUUGCCACGUAUAUCGUCUCCCACGAUGAAGGCUCGCAUGCGAUGGCCGUGAACAUCAUCGUUUUCGAUUUGGCGUUGCGAAGUGUUGAUUUUAUGAUCCUCACGGAUGUUCAGCGGGUCCUGAGGCAUAAAGACCAGCCGAAGGAUGAGGAUAUCUCGAUGGCACCAUUUUACAAGCGCCUCACAUGGGGCCUCAGCUUGGUGUGCAGUCCUCGGGGCGUGGGAUGGACACACGAGCCCAUUUUACCCCCAGUAACACGCAAUCGAACGCGAUUCCUUCUGGAGCAGUCAUUCAGAGUGAUUUGCUGCAUUGUGCUGUCGGACAUGGUUGCAAUUCUUGCGCCGUACCAUGCUAUUGUCUCAAGAUGGAGUGGAGCAGUGUUAGGCGGGGGGUUGAUUGGCCUGUCGGCGUAUUCUACCCUUGGAAUGGCGUAUGGUUCCCUGACGAUCGUUGCGGUCGGACUUGGCCUGUGGAGACCAGAAGAAUGUCCAUGGGUGUAUGGCCGUUUCCGCGACGCGUAUACGUAUCGAAGAUUUUGGGGGCUUGUAUGGCAUCAGGUAUUCAGAAGACCUUUUACCUCACCGGGUCGUUAUCUGAGUAGAGAAGUGUUCAAACUUCCUCGAGGAAGUCGCGCUUCUUCAUUGAUUCAACUCUAUUCGGCGUUCUUUCUCUCCGCUGCGUUGCAUCUUGUGAUGACCUACGGAGGGGUCAAAACCUGGGAAGUAGACGUUUUCAUCGUAUUCUUCGCGCAAGCAAGUGUUGUCACCUUGGAAACGGUGAUCAUUUCCCUUGGACGGCGGCUAGGUAUUCCCGAGCACCAAUUUUGGCGAUACGUUGGAUACAUUUGGGUCGCAGGGUGCGGAACGGUUUUGACCCAGCCGGUGGUACGCUUUGCCUUCAGGGAAAGUCUUAUCUUACCCACUUUGGGAUGAUAUUCCUCCGGUAUUGGUGUGCUUAAGCUAAGAGCUACCUCCUGUUCGUUUGUGCCCUUCGGACUA